UCCUUAGUGGUCGCGGGCUUAAUGGUCGCUAGUUUUAAAGAGCGGUUUAGCACCGGUAUGUGUAUGCCUGGGAUACUACUCAAAUUUUCCUAUAACCAACUAAUCGUCAGCUGAGAUACACUUCAUGUUCUAGGCCUACUAACUAGCUAAACAAGCAGCAAAGUCACACAUUAGAAGGAGGAAUAAUUAUGGUCAAUGACUGACAACUCAUGUACAAGAAUGUGUGGAACUUGUACAUCUAUAUAGAGAAUGGCUUGUUUGGAAUUCAAAAGACAAGAAAAGCAGUGAAGAACAUGGAUGGUCCUGAGUUCAAAGACUGGUUGUGUCACUUGGAGAAAACCUUUCUACAAGACCUUAGCAAUGAUCAGCGUUGCACUGCACUGGACUGUCUCAUUGCAUCCUCAGGGGAUGUGCAGCUCCGCCAUUUGUCCACCAGACUUGAGGGACUCCUGAAAAGAGACUUCUUGCGACUACUGCCCAAGGAACUCGCAAACUAUUUAUUGUCCUGGCUUGAUCCAAUUACCCUUGGAAGAUGUUGCCAGGUUAGCCAUCAAUGGAACAAAAUGGUUACAGAAUGCACAGAGGCAUGGCAGCAAGCUUGCAGGGUUCUGGGAAUCCAAGUUCCAGAGGAUGCAGAUGAAAGUCUCCAUGGUAACAGAGCAAAGAAUGGACUUCACUGGAAGACUGUCUACCAAAAGGCUCUGUGGAGGCUCAAACAGUUGAGAGAUGGCUCUGCGUUUGAUAGCACUACUCUACAUGGACACACAGCACGUGUCUACUCCCUGCACUACAGAGAUGGAAAAGUAGCUUCAGGCUCAGAUGAUCUAACUGUUCGUUUAUGGGAUGUCGCCAGUGGAAAAUGCUUGAAGGUUCUUCAGACACAUACUGUAGCUGACAUCAAAUUUGAUGAUAUCAAGGUCAUAACUGCAUCUUUUGAUAAUACGAUUGCAUGCUGGGAUCUUGAUAGUGGGGAGAGAUUGCAGCAGUUUUCAGGACAUUCAGGGGCAGUUUUUAGUAUAGACUACAGUGACAAGCUGGAUUUACUGGUGAGCGGGUCUGCGGAUGAGACUGUCAAACUGUGGAGGUUGAGUGAUGGAAGUCAUAUUACAACACUCACUGGUCAUAGUGAUUGGGUUAUACAGGUUUUACUGCAGAUCUGUUGUGUGGAGUCAGAGAAAGUUCAAUGUGGUGAUCACGUCAUUCUCAGCAUGGAUAAGUCCAUAAUCAAGGUGUGGCCUAUUUCAUUGUCACGGGAAAUUGAAUGUGUUGCAAUGCUUACCUAUCCCAGUGAAGACUCUAGAGGACAGCUUCUUCUACCAAGGCUUCACUUUGAUGGGAGGAUUGUGGCAUGUUCCUCUGAUAUCGGCAUUAUGCUUUGGGACUUUGCUACACUAGACCUAGUCAGAUUGAUAAGCCCCCCAGAAUUGGCCCCCACCUACCAGCUUGGUACCUCCUUCUUGGUGAGCAUGGGGCGUGUCUUUACCCUCUGCCUGGAUCCUCAGAAUCUUCACAUUAUCUACACCCAGACACAGUCUGUUAUGUCAUCAUGGAAGUUACCCAUCUACAGACGCUCCAAGAGAGGAUCCAAUUUUGUGGCAGGUUGUGAUAGCUGGUUAUAUGGGUUGAUGCCACAACAGGAAGAAGGUCUAGUCUUUGCUACCAGUAUGCCAGACCAUAGUAUACAUCUUGUGAGAUGGAGAACAGUCACUAGAUGACAGCAGCAGGGCAAACUUAAUCACGGAUCUUGGUUUGUGGAGCAAUAGCGUGAUGCUGCUGGUCAGAUAAAUGUAUGCAAAUGAGCUGUUAUGCUGCUACUGUGGUAAUAUCAAGUGAUUGGACAGUUCUUUAUUCAAGCUUUCAUGCUUUAUUUGCAGCUUAUGUGGUUGUAAUUAACCAGUUGUUUUAAUUGGCUUUGGUCAUCAUGAAUCUGCCAGAGUGGAUGGCCAUGCUCAGGAUAAACAAAGAAAACUUGUUCUCAGCUUCAUUAGAUUCAAGAAGAAGAUAUCUGUGUUUGAUUGGCCUCAGAUCUGAGCUGUAUAAUACGGACCUUAUACAAUGUAUUACAGGAUAAGAUGAUGGUGAGCUAUGGUGAAUGUUCAAGCCUUUAGAUACAUACUGGUAGCUGAGCCUGGUUUCUGAAACAUAAGAAAUGAAAGGUUGCUUCUUUUCAUUGAAAUGCAAGUUUGUAUGCUAAUGCACAGUGACCUGUAUACACUAUCAUUGAUUCAGAAAGGGCUAUUAUGACCCCCCCCCCCCCCCAUGAUCAUUAGAAAUGUACUAACAUCUCUUUUAACCCUUGGAAAGUGAUAGAUUUUUGUGGAAAAAAAAUUGUAUAGACUUUGUUGCUUCAAUAUGCUCUUUAUAUCUGAUAUAAUCAUAAGAGAUGUCUAUAAACAUAAUGAUUCAUGAUGCUAUAUACUACAGGAUGAAUUAAUUAUUGUACCUCCUUCAAGAAAGCUCUCCAAUAUCCUUACUAAGCUUAAGAAUAUUGUGAGAUGAAUAUGUGGCACAUGACAAUUGGUCAUUGAUUGUUUUAUCAUGCAAUUCCUUCUGAAAAUAGACAGUAGAACCUUGGAUUGCUUCAAAUUAUCAUAACUUUCCAUCAAAUAUUUAUACCUUCAUCUUGUUUUCCAUUAGAUUACAAGACUGAAUUUGCUAGGUGUACACAAUGUUAUAUAUUUAUAUAAUUUCUUUUGCCAUUCUAAGAUAAACAUUGCUGAGAGAUAUGUAAAUGUAGCGAUUUUACAUGUAAGAGUUAGAAAAUCAUGAAGUUGUAUUUUCUCAUACAUAAACGUUUUCUUUUGACAUCACUUUAUAUGAAGCCAUAAGUCUGUUUUCAAAUACUUGUGUAUGUUCAUGGUAUGUUUUUCAGUAAAUGACCUCAAAAAAACAAAAAUGAAGAUACAUGUAUCACUAUAACUUCAAACGUAGACUGGAAUAGAGAUUCUAUUCCAAGCUCUAUGUAUCAUUAGCAAUUGAAAAAAGACAUUUAUCUAUUCUUCUACCCUAGUCACACUGGCACACCAACUUAAAACUGACCGAUAACUGACAACAUUCUACCCCUUCAGAGUAAUGUAGUAUUUUGUGUUGGUCUGUUAUCAGUCUAGUACUGAUCUCGUUGGUAUUACAAUGGUAUAAAUCAGAAGGGCAGCAGAGUUGGAGGAAAGGCAAGUAGACAAGCAGCAAAGAUAAAUAUAUGAGAAGACAGCUCUAGGAAGAAUGAAAGAAGAUACACAUACCUAUAACUCCUCUCAACUUGACUAUAAACAUACAACUUAAUUGUUGAUGAUGACAGAUCUUUUUAAGAGAUCAUUUUGUUGGAAAAACUAUAUGUGAACUAUAAAGAGUCUGUAAUUAAUUGUAAAGUAUUACAUGGAUGCUUUUGAAGCUAUUGCUUUAUGCAAUCCUUUUGUGAUAUUUUCUCAUAUGUUAUUUUCCCACCUGAUUGAGGGCAAUAAUUCUAUAACAUCUACAAUGUAUUAUCAUGAUGAUAACAGAACACAUACUCAUACAUUAAUUGAGUGUAUCUAUUCAGCCUAGAUGUUUAAAGAAAUAGCAAUGGAUGAAUAACAUGAUAAUACAAAUUCUAACCUGCUAUCCAGUUUUAGUCUCCCCUUUUGCUACUGUUUAGUGUAAAGCCAUCAGACUUGUUACACUCCGUGAGAUUUCAGUAUGGUGAACUUCAUUUUAGACAAGUUAUGUGGUCGUUUUGAUUUAGAGUUCUUUUUGGUUAUUUACACUAAAAUGCAUUGGAAGUCAUGGAUGGAACUUCAAAAUGCUGGGUACAAUUAUCUGUUGAUAUAAGUAAAGCAUUAAUGACCAGAUUUAUUAUUUUCCUUUCCACUUUCCUUCCUAUGAGAACUAAACAUUGGAUUUCUUGCCCUUUAGUCUGAUUUUUGCAGAUAUAUAUUUCCAGUCCCAUUUCUUACUUUUCUGGUGCUACUGGAGUUAAACUGCAACAUUAUGUAAACCAAGACUAACAGGCCAUGAGACCAACAAAGUGAAUAAAUACCAGAAGUAAAUCUUGAAGCAGAUAUGUGAUUUGGGAUGAUAGAAAGAUAGUUAACCAUUACAGUUGCAACAAUUAUAAUUAUUAAUGUACAUGUUAUCCAAAAAUAUGUGAAACUACAUUGUACAGGGUGACAUAUUCUGUUGUUUGUAUUUACCCACAUACACAGGGAUAGAAGCCCCUUUGUGCAGGAAUGAACUAAUAAAACACAACAUUAUAAAUAUAAAACCUA